UGUCUCACUCGUUGUUCGUGCGAGAGCUAUUCGUCGUGUUCGCAGCUGUCAUCGCCGCCAAACGAGAUCCGUUCGCUCUGUCGACCGUUUUCCGAGCAACCGCCGAGUCGAAUUGGAUCGAAGCCGUUUGUCGCACGGCGCACCAGGUCGGUGUCAACAGCAGCGUUGGUGAAUGCGAACGGUAGCGUUUCAGAUGAAUCAAGCGGACGGAAGGGAAAAGGGAAAAGUCGAUAGCGGAUCGAGUGAAACGCAGGCACCGGGUAGAUUGAAGAUGGACGAUAGAAGGAGAAUUGCUAUAAUUAUUGUUAACCAUCUGAAAAACGAACUAAAAUCUGGUAAUUUCUCUGAAGAUUCCGUGGAGAGCUUGGAAGUAGCAGUUCAAUGUCUUGAAUCGGCAUACAGUUUAAAUCCACCAGAUUCAGAUCGUGUACAUAUCAAUUUGGAAAAUAUCAUAAAAGAAUUUUAUUUAAAGGCUAGUUCUGGACCCAAGCCAAACAAUAAGAAAUCUGAAAUAAGUCAAGCUGAUAAGGAUGAAGCUGAAUGGCAUAAGCAAUUUGGGAAUGAUCACAUGAGAAACCAAAAUAAUGAAAAAGCUAUUGAAGCAUAUUCUGCAUCCAUUUCUUUAAAUCCUACGAAUCCGAUUUAUUAUUGCAACAGAGCUGCUGCCUAUAAUGCAAUUGGCAAGUAUAAUGAUGCCAUUGAGGACUGUCAAAAAGCAAUUGAGCUUGACUCAACAUACUGCAAAGCAUACUGCCGUUUAGGCUUGGCUUUUACUUGCUUAAAAGAUUACCAAAAGGCUGUGUCAUGUUAUAAAAAAGCAUGUGAAUUAGAUCCAGAAAAUUUAGGUUAUCAGAGAAAUUAUCAACUAACUUUAAAUAAUUUGCAAACAGUUACUGAACAAGAAAUACCACAAGAUGAUUCUUCUCCCACCACCGCUAACAGCGCCAUGGGUUCUCCAAAUUUAAUGGAAACUGCUGCACGCCUGAUGAAUGAUCCAGAAGUUAACACAGUGUUAAACACCAUUUUGGGAGAUGUUGAACAAUCUUCUGGUGGAUUAGAUAGACUUAUGCAAGUUGGACAAACUAUAGUCACUCGUCUACAAACAUCUAAUCCCAAUAUAUUAGAUGGGUUACGAAUGCAAUUCCAGAGUGCUCAUAAUGAAGAACAAUCAUCACCACAAAACGGAUAUCCUGAUGAAGAAAAUACUCCUUGAAUCUAUGAAACAUACAAGAAAUUCCUUAAUUUUUUUUAAUUAAUGAUUAUCCAUGAUAUUUUAAAAUUAAUUAUUAUUGGUGUUAUUCUUUAUCAUUUAGUUAAAAAAUAUCUUCAAAAUAUUGUAUCUAUUCUAUGAUAAAUAUUGGCCAUAGUUAUUAUGAUAAAGAAAUACUAAGUAUAAGUUAUAAGUAAUAAUACCUAAACAUAUUAUAUUACUAUACUUCUUUAGUUGUUCCCUUUUUUUUUUAACAACGCCCAUUUCUUUAUGCUUAUAUCAAGAUGUCAGACUUAAUUUGAUUUCUUAUCAAAAAGUGUCAUCACCCCUUAAAUAUUUUAUUAUUGAUAAGUAGGAGUUCCACUUAUUUUUUUUUUUUUUUUUUUUGAAUUUCCCAGUAUAUUUAUCACUUGUUCAGUGUUAGUGUUAGAAAUACCUUUUACAUUAAAAUAAAACAAAUUUAUACGUAA